UGGCGCGCCGCUGACCUGGAGCUGCUCUGCGUGUCGCGCGUCGGUGUUUCGCCGCGUGCGUUUCGAUGAACAAGACCGCGAACGGAGCGUCGGAGAGGAGCUGGAGGUGGGCGUGGCCCCGCGUUAGCGCGCGCGCGCGCUCCCGUCACUGCGCGGUUACGCGCCGUUCCUGUUAGACGAGGGUUUCUCUCUCUGCUGGGCGGCAGAAAAAAGGAGCUACUCGGGAUGUGGCGACGCUAAGUGUGUGUGUCUCUCAUUGUCAUUUUAAUUCUUAGUUACACUAAUUAUAUUCCAUAUAUUUAUACGAUUCCUUUGUCCAAGUUGACUUGAUGAUCAUCAUCAUGUGUAAGUCAGAUGAGCAGCUUUACAGUAAGUUUACACUGAUUUAACCACACACAGCGCAGCGGGCUCACUGACUUUGCCAGCAUCAGUUCAGGGUGAAGAAGCGCACCACCCCGCGCGCCGAGACAUGUCGGAGCUCGCGUGCGCCCUGGUGCGCGCCUCGGAGAAGGCGGCCAACAUCGCCCGCUCCUGCCGGCAGGAGGACGCGCUCUUCGGCCUGCUCGUCGAGGAGAAAAAGGAAGGCGAGAAGAACAAGAAGUUUGUCGCUGACUUCAAGACGCUCGCAGAUGUCUUGGUGCAAGAAGUUAUAAAGCAUGACAUUGGAAAAGAGUUCCCAGGUCUUGAGGGCUGCAUAUUUGGAGAGGAAUCUAAUGAGUUCACUAACGGGUUAGGUGAGAAGAUCCAGGUGAAGGUGUGCGAUACGGAGCAGGACACCUGCCUGCUGCUCAGUAAGGUGCUGGGCGGAAACAUGGCAGCGGCGGCAGCUUUAGCUCGAGCCGCGCAUCGGGACGUAGCUGUCUCCAACCUGGACGUGGGCACCGUCCACCUUCCCCAGGACCGUCUCGGAGUGUGGGUGGACCCCAUAGAUUCCACAUUUCAGUACAUCAGAGGGAUCAGCGACUCCAUCGCAGACAGGAACGUGUACAGUCAGGGCCUGCAGUGCGUGACUGUCCUAAUCGGGGUGUACGACCUGCAGACCGGGGAGCCGCUCGUGGGCGUCGUCAACCAGCCCUUUGCUGCACUGGAUCCGAAAACUCAAAAGUGGAAUGGAAAGUACUACUGGGGAAUAUCGUCAGGCUCAAAUAACAUCGCUUCCCUCCAGCCUUCGGGAGAGAGAACAACAGGGGCAGACGGCAGCCAGCAGGAGGCACUGAUGUCCGUCGUACUCAGCACCGGAGAGGCGGAGGGUGUGAAGAAGGCGCUCCUGCAGGCCUGCGAGGGACGGGUGCACUACGCUGCCGGCGCCGGGUACAAGAGCCUGUGUGUGGUGCUGGGCCUCGUGGACGCGUACGUGUUCUCGGAGGACACGACCUUCCGCUGGGACUGCUGCGGCCCUCAUGCCAUCCUGCGCUCCAUGGGAGGUGGCAUGGCUGACCUCAAGGAGUGCCUCAGGCUGAGGCGUGAUGGGAAACCCGAGCUGCGGCCAGAGCUGGUCUAUAACGCCCCUGUGGAGGGUGCCGCUGGGGCCGACAGGUGGGCGAACAAAGGCGGCCUCGUGGCGUACAGGUCACCGGCCCACCUGGACGCGGUGCUCGCGCUGCUCUCCACGGUCGCGCUGUAGUGACCCAUGAUCGUGUCAGUGUCACCUUCCAGCUUUUCUGCAUUUCAUUUGUGCACAAUUUGCAUUUUCUGCGGGUCGUAAACACCCAUGAACACCCCGGUGCAGUCAUGGGGAAAUUUCACAUGUAUUGUUCUUAUCAUUUUUUAAAAGUCUCAACAUGCUUUCUGAUAAUCUAGAUGGGAAGUUGCAGUGUGUGGAUCCUGACACAGCAGUUUUGCAAAUUCCCAAGAAUCACGGAUUGAAAAACCACCGUUCUGUUUAUCGAAAUCUUGCCGCUAGCUUGGAAACGUUUACGUGCAGGAUGGUUUGCUGUAGCUAUGGUAACAGGUAUAUUUGUAUUUAAAUGUAAUCAGUCGUUAUGGAGCUGAAUAUGUCUAUAGUUUAAGCCUUUAGGUUUCAGACUGAGCUUCUGUGUGUAGUUUUUGAAAAAAGAAGAAGAAAAAACAAAAAACGCUGAACAGGUUUGGAAAAUGUGACACCCUCGCUUUGCCAAAUUUUCCAGAUGCUGCCCUUCAGACACGUUGUGUGUUCAAAUGCACUGAGCACCACGGCUGACACGUCUUGUGCUGCCUUCUGGCCGGGUUUAUGUGAACUGGCCCCGUAUGAGUAGUCAGUUGUUAGGUUGCCGUUCACCACAAGCAGAAAAAACUUCUAGAGCUCAGCUGUCUUCUGUAUCGAGGCACCAGGUGGCACAGUAGUUAAAUAACUGGAUUUUUGAAACCCUCGAGGUGUUCGCUUCACAUGCUAGGAAAGUCCCUGCUGCUCCAGGGACCCCUGAGUGUUACCUUUGUCUCAGUAAACGCCCAGCCAUAUAAAUGGGUAAACAUUUCAGUUCUGUAAAUGACACGUGUUAUGAAUGUGUGCCAUGCAAUGAAACAAUUUUUACUCCGAAUGAUUUUUUUUUUUUUUUUUUUUUUGAAGGCUUAAUUUGUAGUAAAUUGCUGACAUUUUUAAAAAGAACUAGAAACUGUCAUUGUUUGCAAAAUAAGACAAGUUCAGAGAACGAUGACUGCAGUGGUUUGACAUUUCAGUUCAACUGACACACCUGUGAAGGGUGCGAAUGACUCAUCUGUGGAAACACAAACGCGGGACUCGCUGUGCUCAACUUUCUGGGUAGUUCUGAGUGUCACAAAUGUUAUCAAAAUAUGCUGUUCUGCUCUUUGGAGAGUCCGGUUGUACCUGCGUAGUUACCUGUCUCGCCUGCAAACGCAGCUUUAAGCCCCACAGAUGAUGCUCAGGCCUGCUGGUCAAUGAAAAUGUAGCAGGUCAUGAAUAUAACUGUCAGUUUCUCAGCCCCGCUCAGCUGUGUUGUGGUGACUUUCAACAGUGAUGCAAGUCAUCAGUUUGUUUGAAAAUGGUGCAUUUUUUGCCUCAUCUCAGUUUUUGCUUAUUAUUAUCAUUUCUGCAGUGUAGGCAGGGGUAUAUUCGUAUAUUCGGAGUAUAUAAGUGUUUAACCAGGUAAACCUUAACCGCUCGGUUACAAUCAAGUAUUUUUUGAGUUGUACUCCUGAUUCAGAGUUUGUCUUUUAUAUUGUAGGAAGAUAAGAUACUUAAGUCAUUAUUUGAAAAGGAAAACAAAUGACCUACGCUCUGUGCAGGUAAUGAGAAAUUGUUGGAUAACGUUGUUAAGUUUAUAAUUACUAGUAUCAGCUGACACCCUGAUGUGCUGCUGUAAAGAAACUUCUUGUCCAUUAAAGAAUUUUUAAUUUCCAUUAUUUUGCUCUGAAGUUGGGGACCCAUUGUGUUCGUACAGCGUUUUCCUUUCAGGGACAGUUUCUUCUUUUUAAUGGUGAUGAAUGCAGAUGCAGUUAAGAGACUGAAGAAAUAUAGCUUUCCAUUAUAUUUCUGUUAAAAAUGUUCUAGUUCUUAAAGAAAAAACUUAACAUGGUUAAUUGUUAUUGUCGAAAAGAAUAUUUUAACAUGAAAUUGUAAGAGUUAUUAAUUAAAUAUAUCCCUUGUAUAUUUCACAU